UUCAAACCAUGGAUCAGAUUGUCCUUGUGCCUAGUGUCGGGCCCGAUCCCGAACGUGUGAUUUGCCCAUCAUGCCAAUCCAAAGUGUUGACGAAAACGGAGCAUCGCUCCAACACGCGGACACACAUGUACGCCCUGAUGCUGUUCUUGCUCAUGUGCUGGCCGUGCGUCUGCCUGCCAUACUGUUGCGCUUCCUGCCGCGACACCGUGCACAAGUGUCCUUCAUGUAACGCCUACAUCGGAGUUUAUAAACGCUGAAUUUGCAAUCCUAACGUAUUCAAACAAACGGCUUCAGCGUUGGCUGUGUGUAAAAUCUAACAAAAAUCAGUGUGUUUUCAUCUGACUAUAAACUAGUGUUUGUUCGAAUAAAAGUAAUCUCCU